AUGACGGGGAGCAUGACGGAGACCAGCAUGAAGGGGACCAGCAUGACCAGCAUGAAGGGGACCAGCAUGAACCAGGGGGGGACCAGCAGGGACCAGGACCAACAGAGACCAGGUCUGUUAGGGACCAGGACCAACAGAGACCAGGGAGGACCAACAGAGACCAGGUCUGUUAGGGACCAGGACCAACAGAGACCAGGUGGUGACGUCAGGACGGCUGACCGGAGGAGGAGGAGGAAGAGGAGGAAGAGGAGGAGGAGGACUGUCCAGGAGACGGUGAGUCCACCUGGCCUUUGUGCCCCCUAUGACCAAGAGGGACUCCUGGACCAGGACCAGGACCAGGACCAGGAGCAGGACCAGGAGCAGGACCAGGAGCAGGACCAGGGACCCUGCCGUGAGCCAGCCUACUCCCUCUACUCCACAUCCACGGACUCUGAAGAGCAGGUCUCCUCUCUCCAUACGGGUCUGGACCGCUGUGCUGCCUUGCUCACUGACAUCCUCCAGUCUUCUGUGAUACCUGUUCCCUUCACCACACCUCCAGACCAGAGGGGGCGCCAGCCGGUCCAGCCUGGACCACGACCCACAACACGCCGUCCUGCUGUGAAACUCCACCCGCCUCGGACCUCCAUCCAUCCACCCCAGACCUCCAUCCUUCCACCUCAGACCUCCAUCCAUCCACCUCAGACCUCCAUCCAUCCACCUGAGAAACAGACCUCCAUCCAUCCACCUCAGACCUCCAUCCAUCCACCUCAGACCUCCAUCCAUCCACCUCAGACCUUCAUCCAUCCACCUCAGACCUCCAUCCAUCCACCUGAGAAACAGACCUCCAUCCAUCCACCUCAGACCUCCAUCCAUCAUCCACCUCAGACCUCCAUCCAUCCACCUCAGACCUCCAUCCAUCCACCUCAGACCUCCAUCCAUCCACCUCAGACCUCCAUCCAUCCUCCCCAGACCUCCAUCCAUCCACCUCAGACCUCCAUCCAUCCACCUCAGACCUCCAUCCAUCCACCUCAGACCUCCAUCCAUCCACCUCAGACCUCCAUCCAUCCACCUCAGACCUCCAUCCAUCCACCCCAGACCUCCAUCCAUCCUCCCCAGACCUCUAUUCCAUACCCCUACUGUGAGGCAGAGUGUGAUAGAGGAGAGGAGGACUUUGUUCCUGUGAGAGACAUCGAUGUCCAGAGCUCCUCCGUCAGACAGACGGGUUCCUCGGAGGUGUCCGACAUGCGGCUCGAUCUGGGACGGGUUGAUGAAGUCCACCGGGACGACAAAGCGAAGACAAUCCGGUAUCUGCUGGGAGAACUCAGGGCUCUGAUCGCUGGACAAGGUGACCCCGUAGCAGAGAGGCUGCUCAGUCAUCUGGAGCAGACGGUGUCUUCACCCCUGAUGAACGCUGGUGGUCCAACUGAACCCGAACCACCGUCACCACACCUCCAGAACCCUCCGCCCUGCAGGCACCUUAACAGAGACCCUCACCUGGACCAGCUCUGCAACUCAGAAGCGCUGACUCUGCAGGAGGAGCUCAGCACCGCUCGGUCCCGGCAGCAGGAGCUCCAGGAGGAGGUCUCGGGACUACGGGACGCCCUCGAGGACACACGGAGGAGGCUAACGGACAGCGAGGCGGAGAACGCCGCCAUCCAAACAGACCUGGAGGCCACCAGAAGCAGGUUGCUGGACAGCGAGCGUAGACCAGAUCCACCAGCAGGACCCCCCCCGACUGAGCGCAUCACCCAUUUCCUGAUGUCUCUGGGUCAGCCGGAGCAGAGGACGCCGAGAGACGCGUCCUCGCGACCUCUGGACGGACGCCACGGCGUGAUGUCGCCGUGGCGUCCGUCCCGCUGGGACGUGGAGUCGCUGAGGUCCGACUGGAGCAACAGGUCGGGGUCCAGCUUCGACACCAGAGAUGAGGUGGCGUUCAGGGACGGCCUGGCAGCUCUGGACGCCAGCAUAGCCAGUCUGCAGAAGACCAUUCAGCUGGACCUCGGGAGGUGAU